AGCUUGCUGUGAUAUCAUUGAUGUGUUACGAAAUCAUAUAAUUAAAUCCAAUAAGGUUUGUUUAUGUAAUUGUCUUUUGACUUAGCAUGAAUCAUCUUGUUCGACGAUCACAAGUCGGUAGCUUGUUGAGGAUUUUUCCUUGUAGGUUUUCCAUAUUCCGCUUCCCCAAAACAGUAUCUUUGCCGGUUGAAGAGCUCAAGAAUGAGGAAGAUUUGCUCCGGAAGCAGGAGAUCGAAAGAAGAAAAGAAAAAUUACGGAAAUAUAUGCAGAACCGAACAAAACGUUCAGAACUAAAAAGCCUUUAUGAUCAGUGUGAGGUGGACGGUGAAAAGAUGGAACCCGAAGGAGUACCGAUUCACAAGAUGUUAGCUUCUUACAUAUCAGAAUUUGACGUAACUGGAUUGGAAAAGUAUUUGAACAAGUUAGAGGAGAAAAGACCAAAGGGAUUUGCUUUAGCUAUGCUGCGUAGGUCAGAGCCGUUACUGGUUACUAAUGAGUAUUACGACAUCCUCGGACCAAUUAGAGUCUUUGGGACUCUCAGGAUACUGUAUAGGCGUUUCGGAGAAAAGGAAGACCUUCGCCGUUUGUGGAACUUAGCUAGGGACAUGAAAGCGGUUAAGUCCAUCAAUGAAUAUAUUUGCACGAUUCUGGCGUUUUGGUUGAAAGACGAUAUCGAUGGGGCUCACGAAGUUCUUGAAGAGUGGGAUACCGGAGAACAUCGUUAUUUCGAAGUCAAGAUAAAAGAUAUUCUGGAAUUUUCUCCGUGCAGAAAACUUGUGAUACAAGGCACCGAGUUGAUGGUGAAUGGCAUGUUCGAAGAACAUAAGGAAGAGGAGGAGAAGAAGAAGACGGCAAUGGAGGUGAGGCUUAACGGAUGGGACCCAAAGAAAAAUCUUGCUUUGUCUGCGUACGCAUGUGUUCAAUAUGUGGAGGGUCAUAGAGACAUUGAGAGUACAGUUGAUGUUUUGAGAUUGUUGGGGAAGCGUGAGCCGCAAGAUGCUAUUAUGGAUGAAGACCGAUUGAGUAGGAAAUUGGUGGAGGCAAUGAGAGGAGGAGGAUACGUUGGUGAAGUUUGAACAAGAGUGAUGAUAAUUAUAUAUAGUGAAGAUUCGCAUUAACCAGGUCCUAUAAACAAAUACCAAGACG